AUGCACGGCGACGGCUCCGCCCGCGGUCUGGUCCUCAAGUUUAACUCGGAGGGGCGAGAGAUCCUCCGGGGCCGCACCGAUGCCAACCCCGCCGCAGCCCAGUGGGCGGCUUGCCUCGGGCCGGUUGUCGACUCGUUCGCGGACCCGUUGGCCAACGCGUGGGUGCUGAGCGUGCUCGAGUGCCAGAGCUCUCCGAGGCGGAGCCGGGUCGGCCUUCUCUCUCCGGAUGCGCACGCGGCGCACUCGACGCACGUCCUCUAUGUACGCGUGCCAGCGGCUAUGGCUGGCGGGCAGUUGGAGCUUCGACGCGUCGACCUUGGUGGCGGCGACGUUGCGAAGGGCAUCACCAGCGCGGAGGCUAUGCGGCGUGUGGAAGCGCCACUCGAGGAAGCGGCUGUGGCGCCAAGGGAGGGCGACGUCGUCGUGUUUCGGGGUGACGCCUUUCAUCGAGUCCGGCGGCACACGUCUCCCGCGGCGGCGGGCACCACAACAUCUCGCAUCAGCGUGGUGCUCGAGCAGUACCGCAUACCAGCCUCGCGGUACAACCGCACACUCCGAUGGGAGCGGUCCUCGUACGUGCGGCGAGUGUGA